CGCUCGCUCCUGACAGACAGCAUCAUGGCCCAGGUUCUCAGAGGCACCGUGACUGACUUCCCUGGAUUUGAUAGCAGGGCUGAUGCAGAAACUCUUCGGAAGGCCAUGAAAGGCUUAGGCACCGAUGAGGAGACCAUCCUAACCCUGCUCACAUCUCGAAGCAAUGCUCAGCGCCAGGAAAUUGCCGAGGAGUUUAAGACUCUGUUUGGCAAGGACCUUCUGGAUGACCUGAAGUCUGAACUAACUGGAAAGUUUGAGAAGUUAAUUGUGGCUCUGAUGAAGCCUUCGUGGCUCUACGAUGCCUACGAACUGAAGCAUGCUCUGAAGGGAGCUGGGACCAAUGAAAAAGUACUGACAGAAAUUAUUGCUUCAAGGACACCCGAAGAACUAACGACCAUAAAACAGGUUUAUGAGGAAGAAUACGGUUCCAGCCUGGAAGAUGAUGUGGUGGGGGAUACCUCAGGGUACUACCAGAGGAUGUUGGUGGUCCUCCUUCAGGCAAAUAGAGACCCCGAUACCGCAAUUGAUGAUGCUCAAGUUGAACUGGAUGCUCAGGCCUUGUUCCAGGCUGGAGAGCUGAAGUGGGGGACAGAUGAAGAAAAGUUUAUCACCAUCCUUGGGACACGCAGUGUGUCUCAUUUGAGAAGAGUGUUUGACAAGUACAUGACAAUAUCAGGAUUUCAGAUUGAGGAAACCAUUGACCGAGAGACUUCAGGGAACUUGGAGCAGUUGCUCCUGGCUGUGGUGAAGUCUAUUCGGAGCAUACCUGCCUACCUUGCAGAGACCCUCUACUAUGCUAUGAAGGGUGCUGGGACGGACGACCACACCCUCAUCAGAGUCGUGGUGUCGAGGAGUGAGAUUGAUCUGUUCAACAUUAGGAAGGAGUUUAGGAAGAACUUCGCCACUUCUCUGUAUUCUAUGAUCAAGGGCGACACGUCUGGAGACUAUAAGAAAACUCUGCUGCUGCUCUGUGGAGGAGAAGAUGACUGAGGGGCUGGCUGGAGUGCUCCGUGCCUGCUGCCUCCACCAGCGUCCUUCAGCACAUGCAGCCAUGCUUGUAUUCUCGCGCCUGACACGUUGCCUUACUCACACUAGUAUGCUAAUGACCAAAUGUGUCAUAGAUGACAAUAGCGGCACACUCUUGUGGUCUCCCUGUCCACCUUAGUGCUGACCUUCACUCGUGCCUCUAAGUCUAAUGUCUGAGUUAUUAAUAUUCUCUAUGAAGAGGUCAGGUUGCUUUUUAUAACCUUUUUUAAAGCUUCAUUUAUAUUAAGUUAAUAAUCCAUAUUACCUUGAUCGGAACCUUAGCCAUGAAAUUGUGAACUCCUGGAAAUGCUGUCAAUCAAGCUUACUGCUCUAUUAGACCUGCAAAAUUAUGAUGGUUGUAUCAAAAAAGAUUAAUGACAAAUAAACAUUCCCUUCCCUCA